AAUUUAUAAGAAUCUCCACAACACGAAUACCCGAAUUCUCGAUUUCAUGGAUUCCAAAAAAUCCCAUGUAGUGUGUCUGCCAUUUCCAGCGCAAGGCCAUAUCUCUCCCAUGAUGCAACUAGCCAAGCUUUUAUACUCGAGAGGCUUUCACAUAACAUUUGUAAACACAGAGUUCAACCACAGACGAUUAAUUCGGUCUGGAGGGCCCGACACAGUCGCGGGCCUACCGGGCUUUCGGUUCGAAACCAUACCCGAUGGAUUGCCGGAAUCGGAUCGUGAUGCAACCCAAGAUGUUCCGGCUCUAUGUGACGCCGCACGAAACAACUGUUCGGGGCCAUUUAGAGAGUUACUUAGUAGGCUGAACUCAUCAGCGGAAGUGCCGCCAGUGAGUUGCAUAGUAGCAGAUGGAUUUAUGAGCUUCGCCAUUAAAGUUGCAGAGGAAUUUGGGUUGCCAGAGGUCCAGUUUUGGACUGCCUCUGCUUGUAGCUUCAUGGGGUACUUGCAUUAUAGUGAACUCGUAAAAAGAGGGAUCAUCCCAUUCCAAGAUGAAAACUUCGAAACUGAUGGCAGUCUCGAUGAGCAUAUUGAUUGGAUACCUGGUAUGAAGAACAUUCGGCUUAGAGACAUUCCAAGCUUUAUCAGAACCACCGACAUCGAAGAGCCCGUGUUCGAUUUCGUGGGUUCAGAAGCACAAGCCUGCUUGAAUUCUCCUGCAAUUCUCUUCAACACAUUUGACGAGCUCGAACAUGAAGUGUUAGAAGCCAUUUCUGCAAAAUUCCCCAACAUCUACACAAUAGGUCCACUUACCUUGCUCGAAAAGACGGCGGUUAACCUAACCCAAUUCUCGGACUCAUUCAGGUCUAGUUUAUGGAAGGAGGACUUCAACUGUCUGAAAUGGCUCGACGACAAAGAACCCGGAUCAGUAGUCUAUGUGAAUUAUGGCAGCGUAACCAUGAUGUCUGACCAACACUUGAAAGAAUUCGCUUGGGGACUUGCAGAUAGCAAGCAAUCAUUUCUAUGGAUUGUUAGGCCAGAUGUGGUGAUGGGUACCGAUGAUUCUGCAAUCCUGCCAUCAGAAUUCUUCGAGGAGAUUAAGGACAGAGGACAAAUCAUAAGCUGGUGUCCACAAGAACAGGUUCUUGCACACCCAUCAAUAGGUGUUUUUCUAACACACUGUGGAUGGAAUUCAAUGAUGGAAACUAUAUGUGGUGGUGUCCCUGUAGUUUGCUGGCCUUUCUUUGCUGAUCAAGUGACGAACUGUCGAUAUGCUUGCACUGCCUGGGGAUUUGGCAUGGAGAUUAACCAUGAUGUUAAGAGGAAUGAGAUUGAAAAUAUUGUGAAGGAAAUGAUGGAAGGGGAUGAUGGAAAGGGGAAGAGACAGAAGGCUUUGGAUUGGAAGAAGAAAGCAGAGGAUGCUAUCAAUGUUGGUGGUUCAUCUUGUAGUAAUUUUAACAGAUUCAUUGAAGAGGCUCUCAAGAUGAGAGUGAGAGACUAAGAAAACAAAAUUGAGGGAAGGAAUUUAGUUCGAUGUUCUUUUACAAUAGUUUAGUACUUCUCAUUGUAUCUGUUGAAUAUUUGGUGAAUUUGCUUAAUUAUCUUGAAUGAAUAAUGAUACAACUUAUGUUUGUAUA